AUGGGCCAUUUCCCCCUCCAAACAUGGCUUCUGUGGCUAGGAGCUUUGGGCGCAAUAGCUCAAUCGCCAUAUCGAUCACAAGAACCAAUAAACGAUCCUCAUAAGUAUGCGAAAGCAUGUCCAGAUUAUAAGAAGUAUUCGACGUUUAGGCAUGGGCCAGUAUCUGAUGGACCUAUGGAAUUGCCUUUUCAACGGCCUGCUGAGGAGUGUCGAACAUUCUCCUCCCCUUUGGUGGAGAAGGUCAUCGAUGAUAUGUCACUUAAGAUGGUUAACAAGGACCUCGCGAGACUGUUCGAAAACGCUUUCCCCAAUACUCUCGAUACAACUGUACGAUGGCACGUCGACGGAACUACAAAGCAUACGGAAUUGAAGGCGAGAAGUGCCCAGAGCAAUCAGAAAUGGCAGGGAGCGCAGUCAUUCGUGGUUACGGGAGACAUCAAUGCGGAGUGGCUCAGAGACUCUACAAACCAAUUGCUACAGUAUCAGCCUUUGUCAAACAAAGAUCCAGCUAUUUUCAAUCUGAUUUUGGGAGCUAUCAAUACACAAGCAGAGUAUGUUAUACAGUCGCCUUAUUGCAACGCGUUUCAACCGCCCCCGCCCUCGAAGCUUGCUGCAUCGCAAAACGGACAAGAUGACAAUGUCCACCCCGCAUACGAACCAUCUUUUGUCUUCGAGUGUAAAUACGAGCUCGAUUCCCUUGCCAACUUUCUGGCUUUAGGAAACGCUUUCUACAAUCACACUAAAUCGACUGACUUUAUCAAUUCGCGGUGGCUGACCGCACUGGAUACACUUCUCAUGGUCAUUGAGCAACAAUCCGAAUCGAGCUUUGAUUCAAAGACUGGUCGUUUCCAACGUAAUGCCUACACAUUCAGUCGUCGAACCGAUCAGGGAACCGAAACUUUACCAUUAUCUGGUGUUGGAAACCCAUUGAAUUACGGUACAGGCUUGAUAAGGAGCGCAUUCCGCCCUUCGGACGAUACUACGAUUCUGGGUUUCUUCAUCCCAGCCAAUGCGCAGAUGUCCGUCGAACUGAAACGUACCGCCGAGAUCCUCAAAGUAGCCAAACGUUCCGAUUUAGCCCAAACUCUCGAGAAGCGUUCGCAAAGUAUCAAAGAUGGCAUUAUGAAGCACGCCGUCGUACAACACAAGAAAUGGGGUAAAGUAUUUGCAUAUGAAGUAGAUGGCUAUGGUGGGCAAAUUCUUAUGGACGAUGCCAAUGUGCCUAGUCUCCUCGCACUGCCAAUCCUCGGUUUCUGCAGCAAUGACGAUCAAAUCUACAAAAAUACUAGAAAGAUGAUUUUAUCUAAAGAGGGAAAUCCAUACUAUCUCGAAGGGAAAGCAUUCAAAGGCAUCGGAGGGCCACAUAUCGGCCCUGAAAAUGCAUGGCCUAUGUCUUUACUGUUGCAAGCCAUGACUAGUAAUGAUGAUGAUGAGAUCAUGGAAUGUUUGAAUUUAGUUUUGAAAGCGAGUAGAUUGGGACUUAUUCAUGAGAGCAUUAAUGUCAACCGUAUACAGGAAUAUACGAGGAGUUGGUUUGCAUGGGCUAACUCAGUCUUUGCGCAAACAAUUCUCGAUCUCGCAAAACGGAAACCCCAUCUUUUGUUCGGGGAGGGCGCUGAUCCUUACGACCUCGAGACUUGA